AUGAAAGUGCGAAAGCGGUAUCCCCUACCCAGCUGCAUCCGUGGUUUAGCUCCGACAGGUAGCCUUCAGACUGCAUUGCCAUCAGGUCCAACGCCUAAUGCACCUGUUAAGUUCACGACUGGAGGCGACGACACAGAUGAAAUUGUUAUUUUCAAAGCUGAAGCUGAGAUGGCUAGCUUUACCUCCUUCCUAAUUCUCCUUCUCAAUUAUUGGCAAGGCCUGUUACAGCAGCUCAAAUGCGUUUUAUCGUCCUGCGGUGCAAAGUGCUUCUCCAAGCUCGUUGCACUCUACAACGAUCUGUCUGCGGGCCAUGAGGAGACGGUGGAUCACCUCCUCGGUCUGUGUAAACGCGACCAACUGGAUGAUGCGGUCUCCCUUGAGGCCUUGAUUUCUUCG